AUGUCUCAAUUCAUCCCACAGGCCAACCCCAAUGCAGCAGUGGACACCCGGCAAACGGACCACUGCAUUCCUCCCUCUGCACUUCCAGCCUCAUCCAAGGAUGGUGUCAAUAUUGACAUAUGGCAUAUGCCGUUCUUCUGGAAAGGCAAACUCAGAAUAGAAGAUGACACCUCCUUGGAUGUCAGCUCCUCUAUCUUCGACUUGUCAUGGCAUAGCGAAUCCCGGGAGGUGGAAGCGGCCGAGACUGUUUUCAAGGCAGAUCAAAGCUGCAACCCGCCCCGGGAUCACCAAGAAGUUGACGCUAGCCUGAUGAGUGAACAUUGGCCGGACUCGGUGUCGGCCUUCCCCAACGGUGACCACCCUUCCUCGCCGAAUGUCUGCGUUGAAGGCGAGCAUUGGGUGGAGGCGUGUAUGUUGGAAAGGACCGACAGCCCGCAUGCGAUGCAAGGUAUUGGUAAAUGCUCUUUUAUGGUUGGAGUAAUUUCAUGAAGGGUCGGUUGUUAGUAAAAUGAUAGCAGCUUACAAAACGCAUUAUGGCUUACUACAUACGUCGCAUGAAAACUUUCAUCCUCUACAAUAUUUUCCUCAAUUUCAGGCGAAGUUUUGGAGGACAAGCCGUCACCGACGAGGGUAAUUCUGUUAUCGUUGUUGUUGUUGGGGUGCAGAGUUCAAUUUUCAUGUCAAGUCGCCUUGCUGCUUUCCUACACUCAUUGAUCCAUCUAUUUCCGCGCAGCAGCAGCACAACCACCGCAACGUCCGGACGACACACCGCUUCCAGCUCCUGCGUGGCUAAGAGAAAAGCAUUUACCCAUUCCUCGUAUUGCAUUGGGAGUACCGGACCUUUCCUCCAUGCAUGAGUCCUCCCAAUCCCACCUUCAACGUAUACAGGAGUCCCAAUUGCUUGCGCUUCUCAGAAUUCGCUUCGCCAUGACCAGUCGAAGAUGGAAGAGUUGACGUCCAGAGAGGUGUCAUCUUCUGUUCGGAGUUUGCCUUUCCAGAAGAACAUCGGCAUGAACACCUGCCAUGGAGAGGGCUGGAAACGGAGGGUGAGGGUGAGGAAUGCGGUGUUCCGUUUGCCUGGUGUCCACUGCUGUAUGCGAGGGCUGGAGGUCGAAGUUGUAGAAAGCGGACGAAAAAUACGGCGGGAGGACUGGGAACGAUCGGGUUGGUAAUCAGAGGUCGGAGGAGGAGAAUCGAUUGGAAAAUCAUCAAAGUAGGAGGCGUCGGAUUGCGAUGAAUCAUUGGGGCGAUGACGAAGCGAAUCUCCAAGUGGUUGCGAGGAGAGAUAAUCGGCAUCUAGCAAGUAGCAUACAACUAGGUAAUACCUACACAUGCACAUUCUUAAAGUAUCUAUGACAGUUUUAAUUCAUCGUCUGCCAUUUAGCAAUCCGAUUCCAUAAAUGUUUUUUUAAGUUAAAAUGCAUCUGAAUGAACUCAAACCAUGCGCCUCCGAAGAAUUGCUUCUAUUAAUUUGUUGUAUUUUUGCGACUAAUUGAAGAAUGGAAUCACCAAACUGUACACAAAUUCAUUUUUCAGUCGAAUUGUUAAAGGUCAAAGCUGAACUUCUCUGUUUGUUACAGGAGACUAACAUGCAAGUCCGGUCGCUGUCCUACUACUGUGAAUGUUACGAAGCUGAACGAUGCGUCACCGCUUGUGUCAUCUGCUGAGAGCAGUCGUCUGGGUCCGCAGUAAUGGAUGAAGAAUUUGCAGCGGAAUAGGCACACAAAGUCGGACAUUCCAGCCAUCGUCUGCUAGCUUUGUGCUGACCGCCAGACGUCCAAAAUGAGCCAUCAUCGGUUGAGAAGGCAGUAGCGCCCGUGGAACAUGGAUGAUUGUGUCAGCGACGUGUCUCUCGUGCUGAGAAUGAACCGGAAAGAGAGGCAUCCAUGUUUUGAGAGUUGCGAAAUUUUCCAUGAAAGGAUUCAGAAGAGCAUUUGAUGAGUUGUAUGUUUAUAUUGCAAUGGUGUACAAGUAAUAAAGCAUGAUAACGAUCAGAGAAAUUGAUUACUGUUCCUCUUUUUAUACAAAUGGGAUGUGUGAACGGGGGGGAGGAAUGAGAGACAGUGAGUUGGUAGACGGUGUGGGUUGGGGGACGGGGCGGGGGUGGCCGCGGAUUAAUGCCUUCAAUAGACCGAUCUUUAGCCCUGGCACAUGCGGAGCCUGCACCAGGUUCCUUUGCGCGCACAAGAUCGACUUCCCUAAGUUGAAGGCAGUUUCUUCAGUUGUUGCUAGCGGACGCUGACCUUGUUGAUUAGAAUAAUUCAGUAAGACCCAGUAAAUCACACGGAAGGUUUCGUUAUGCCCGGAUUCUACAUUAUGUGCGAGAAUGUCGCCGUUCAUGUCCUUAAUUUUGCUUUUUCCCAGCCAGGCCGGGGGUGUUUCCGCAUUUUGUUACGAUACCCAUCCACUGGAGGAAGUAUGCGUGUAAAUGCACAUAGAGGUGGUCUGGGCUGACAACCUAUCUUUUUCUUCUCCGUGUAGAAGGGGGUUUUUCGAGAACAGUACGCGAACGCUGGCUGCUGGGAAGGUCAAACACUCUAUUUAGGGCGCUUUCUUUGGAGAUCAGUCGUUGCGCUCUUUGAAAAUGGACGUUGAGGUACACAGUUUUCUUCUCCCUUGUCAGUUUAAUGUCUUUUGCUGGCAUCCGGAUACUAUUGAUUGCAAAAUGUCCGUCAGAAUACCCGUUCUCCUGAAGCAGAAGCUGGAUCGUUCUAAGUUUCUCACCGACGCUGCCUGCCAGAUUGUCUUUUUCACCUCCAGCGUAAACUUGGUCGACGGAUGUCUCUGAUUUACAGCAUAUAAGAGGACGGCUAUGUUGGCUUGUGCAGUGACUGUUGCGAUGACGUCAUCAACGUGAUAACUGCUAUGUUCUGGCCCAAUAAUCUGGUCGCUUAUUUGAAAUUUCCACAUCUUAUCCAUGUGAAUAUUGCCUAUGAGAGGAUCAAGAGCUGAGACAAUGGCGACGUUGUUUAUUUGUCUAAAUAGUUGAUCGUCAUAUAUGGAGUACACAUGUAGUGUGCAUCUUAGUAACUCAGCCUGGAGUGCGUUACUUUGUAUUCCUGCUUCCUGCUGAUCGGUCGAUAGGUAUUUGUGGACGUAAUCGACUGCCUCUAUGAGCGGGCCGUUUGUGAAGGAUGAUGAGACAUCUAGCGAAAGCAUAAUCAUUUCGUUUAGGCUCGGAUCCUUGCCAUUUCAAUGAACUCCAAGGCGUCCAGAUAACUACGUAGUGCUAGAUGAUCCCGCCAACCCAAUUGGGAUGCAGCCCGUCCGCCUUUCCUUGUUCUCAGAGGUCUUAUUUCUUUAUGCGCACACGAGGGGCGUGGUGACACACCGCAUCAGUCACCUGUAUCCUACCCCACCGCCUACCUACUUGACACUGUCUUGACAUUAGGUCUGCGUGGGAGAGAGUGAGAGAGUGCGUUAGACGCUGCGCAAGUUUACCAUGACUGUAAACUAACUUACGCACAUGUCACCGCCUCUUCGAUCAUCUGGCUGUUAGGACACGCAACGGACAUUGACGGAAAUGACGGCCGAACUGUCGGUGCUAUUUGAUACCGUACGGACUUGAGAUUCCUUGCUAGCCACCUAGAUAUGCCCUCAAACUUGUUGAUAUCUGUGUCAAUUCAGCUGCAGCGACGACUGUCUUCACUUAAACGGUAAAGGGGCUGCGUAAUUGUAGCCGAUUGAACCAUAAAGCGACUAAAGUAAAAUAACCAAUCCGAGGAAAGAAUGCAACUGACUAGUUUUGCUGGGGCGAUCGGCCGACUCCAGGAGCUGCUGCAAUUGCCUUCUAGUGGAUGGGGGUCAAUUUUGUUCAAAAUCAAGCCCGGGUAUUCCACCGACUCAGGCACCAACUGACAUUUAUCCUUCUUCAGUUUGAAACGAACUUCAUCUAAGCGUACUAACACUAUGUUUAAGGCCCUUAGGUGACGAUAUACAGAUGAGCUGAAUACUAGUUUCUCGCCAUGAUAUAUGCAAACGUGGGGCAUGUCCUUCACCACGCUGCCAGUCAGGGGGUUCCAGUAUUUUGCUGGGAUAGGCGCCCACUCGUACGAUCAGUAUAACCUGAUCCACUGGAGGAAGUAGAGGAGUAAAUGCACAUAGAGGUGGUCUGAGCUGACAACCUAUCUUUUUCUUCGCCGUGUAGAAGGGGGUUGGUCGAGAACAAGGCCCGAAAUCUAACUUCUGCGAAGGUUCAUUUAACCGUCUAUUCAAGGCGUUUUCUUUGGAGUUCAUUCAUUGCGCCCUUUGGGAAGGGAUGUUAUGGAACACGGUUUUCUUCUCCAUUUUCAGUGUAAUGGGCUUUGCUGGCAUCCGGAGACUAUUGAUUAAAAGAUGUCCGUCGAACUACCCGUACUCGUGAGGCAAAUCCUGGAUCGUUCUAAGUUUCUCACCGACGCUACCUGCCAAAAUGACGUUUCCACCUACAGCGUAAACUUGAUCGACAUACGUAUCUGAUUUACAGUACAUAAUAGGGCAGCUAUGUUGGCUUUUGCAGAGGCUGUUGCAAAGAUUGUAUCUACGUAAUGACUCUAAUGCCCUAGCCUAUUAUGUCGUUUAUUUGAAAUUUCCCUCACUUCCCCAUGUGAACAUUGCCUAUGAGAGGAUCAAGAGCCGAGACCCUAGUAACGUCGUGCAUUUGUCUAUAUAGUUGAUUGUCAUAUAUGGACUACACAUGUAGUGUGCAUUUUAGUAACUCUGCCCGGAGUGCGUUCCUUAGUAUUCCUACUUCCUGUUGAUUGGCCGACAGGUAUUCGUGGGCGUAAUCGAUUGCCUCUAUGAGCGGGACGUUUGUGAGGGAUGAUGAGACGUCUAACGAAAACAAUUAUUUCGUUUUGGUUCAGGUCCUUGACGUUGUCAAUGGACUCGAGGUCAUCCCGAUAAUUAUGUAGUACUAGUUGAUCCCGCCCACUUGGGAUCCGACCCGCCCUCCUUCUUUUUGUUCUGUGAAAUCGUGGUUGUUUGUGCGAACACCAGGGGUGUAGUGACACACCGCGGUAGUCACACGUGUCCUCGACCUUCUUGACACUGUCAUAUCAUUGGGCCCAAGUGGGAGAGGAUGAGGGUGUGCGGUAGACGCUGCGCAAGUCUGCCAUGACUGUAAACUAACUUACGUGCAUGUCACCAUCUCUAUGUUCAUCUUGCACCCUUUCACAUUUGCAUUCACGGCGAGGUAAUUUGUUGCUUGCCCCAUGUUUCAACCGUCACGCAUAAACCUUGUACGUGAUUAGUGUGAAUCUGGACGGGUCGGCAAAAAAGGUCAGUUGGAAUUUUUUUAUACCAAACACCAUUGCUGAGGUUAGUUUACCUGGUUCCGAAUAGCUGAUUAUCGCCGGAGGUUAUCGACAUCUCGGCACUAAACGGCAUCCGGCGCAUGCCAACUGAAAGCUUCACCGUCUAAGACGUAUCGCAGUUCAACAUGAAAGUCUUUUCCGGGUGGCAGAUGAGGAGUUAAGAGCCACCUUUGCCUGCACAAAAGCACUUUAUUCGAUCUCCGAUCAGCUCUAGCGACGACUAUUAUCAAUCAAACGGUGAGAAAGCUGCGCAAUUGUAGCCGAUUGAAUCCUGAAGCGACUAAAGUAAAAUAACCAGGCCAAUGAACGAAUGCAACGGACCAGUAUUUCUGGGGCGAUGCGCCGGCUCCAGGGGCUGCUGUACUUACCAUCUAAUGGGUGGAGGCCAGUUUUAUCCAAAAUGAAUCUCAGGUAUUCCACCGCCUCAGGAACAAACUGGCAGUCAUCUUUUUUCAGUUUGAAACCGACUUCUUCUAAGCAUACUAACACUAUGUUUAAGAGCUCUAGGUGGCUAUAUUAUAGUUCGACCAUCGAUUUCGAUGAUGUCCACCGUAUGCCCCACAGACUGCAUUGUGGAGCAGGGACGGUGACUUACGCAGGGGUUUAUAGUGCCAGUAGACUUGCGUGGCAUCUACCUACACUCUCUCCUCCUGCCUCGCCUGAGCCCGGUGUCAAGACCAAGUCAAGAAGACCGGAGACGGGGGAGGCCGCAGGUGGAUGGCUCGGACGGAUCCUCGCCUUGGCGCUCCACUUCGCACCCCCUGGUCCGCACACAAAUGACCCGGAUUUUGACCACAAAACAAUGGAGUGGUGGCAGUGGUCCAGUUGUGCGACGAAUGCCGACAACAGGGUCCGCCAGCGCACCCCGCAAAUGUUGGCAUUUGUUAUUGCGCACAGAUAACGCCUGCCAGAGUCCGAUGUGGCCCCCGUGUUGGUCCAGCGCAUCUAACACGUGGCCCGUUUGGAGGGCACAGGUGGCUAUAUACAGAUGAGCUGAUUACUAGUUUUCGACACGAUAUGUGCAAACGUGGGCCACGUUCUUCACCGCGCUGCCAGUCAGACACUGAAACAAUCUCGAAGCAGAACUUUCUCGAAUGGUAGUCUCAUUUAUCGAACCAAUCCUCAGCACACAUAUUAGUGACGGUGACGUCUUGAGAGUCUGUAUUUAGGACGAGUUGGUUGUAAGCAUGUUUUAAAUAAAAGGGUGCAAAUGUUUAAUCACAAGAGAGCGAAGCAGUCAGGUCCUCAAUGCGAGCGUGAAAAUGACGUUUUAGUUUAGUUCGCAAAUUCACCGUCAGUUUAUAGUUUCCACGGAUACGAAUACGGCAUUUGGGCUUAAAAAUAGGGACUACUGGGUGCGCGCAUGCCGAAUAUUACACGGAAUCGAUGAUGCCCGCUUUCCGCAGAAAGUCGAGAUCUUCUUCGUCCUUCGACGCGACUGCAUAGGAGACUGAAUGGGCUUUGAAGAGCCGACAGUUGAAAAUCUGGCUUGAAUUCGAAUUUCAUAUGUGGGUCUCGGUUCUGGGUAAUGAAAUCGCCAUAAAGUCUUCCUUUGCAACUUGCCAGAAAAGGACCUAGAAUCGGGUUAAUACCAACCCGAAUUGUGUGGACUGGCAGGGAUGGCACAAAUUUGGUACAUUUCCCCUUGAGCAAACUUGAUUGGGAGAUUUCCCUGGCCACGUGGACCCGUAAGUAAUAGAUGUAUCCAUAAUGUUCCACUCUGAUCGUAAAGAUCCCUCGAAAUUCUACACUUUGCCAGUGUUAGUACAGAAAGUUGAGUGAGCAGCGAAAAGGUAACAACUGAGACAGUGUCACCUCCAAACCCCACAGAAUGACGAUUAAGCAGAUGGAUGCCAGUGUAGGAACAUUGGAGCUGCGAGUUGGCUGGAAGCAUUCGGAACAUCGCCUUAUCCUCUCCACCUGGAUUUGGGUAGGUGGCAUGAGUAUUAGUGCUUGGCUGUCCUUUUCGGAAUCAAACUUAUUCGAUGCGGCCCAUUUUCAAGCAACCCCGACAAAAUGUCUUCUGGAGUCUACACUCUGACCAACGGAUAUGAUGCUGACCACAAGGGUAGCAAGACGGUAGUUGAUUUGAAGCAGCCGCUGGCUACUCUUUAGGUAAAAAUCGACAGUGUUUACCAAGGGGACGCCCACUUCACGUGCAACUUCUCUCAUGACAGAUCCCACUUCUCCGAUAAGAGUUCCUGACGAGAUUUCUCAUUGCGCAAACAAAGGUUAAUUUGCAGGACAAUCACCGCAUGAUCGAAUUUGUCUGUCUUGAUCUCUCUAUAUCCACAGUGGUGGAUGGCGAGAAUUAGAUUUGUAUUAAAAUUAUUGAUUUUUCAACUGUAUUCCCGACGAAUCUGACGAAACCGAUUGCGGCUCAGGACAGCUCGACCUUCGUUACCGACGAUGCCCACCUCUGUGCGGCUGCUGGUUGGGCUCGAGAGGGAGCCCUUAAGGCACAACGGAACGAGUGAGUUCCGUAUGAACGAUCGGUGAGCGCCCCCUACCAGUGUGCACACAGCACCCCAAGAAGUUGCAGCUAACACCUCACCAGACAAGUGUGCGUGGCGCCGAGGUCGUUGGGCCACGGCAUCUGAACGGAGUCCGCCUGCAGCCAAUCAUCUAGGGCGCAGCGCUGAUUGGCCUCGAGCACUCGCAACCCGGUUCCGAGACCUAGGCGAACUGACAGGCGGAUGAGGGGAGGCGUGAGGCGGACAGAAAGGCAACACGAGUUGGCGGACGCACAGGCGAUCAUUGGAGCAGACUGCCACAAACUCAUCGUCUGAGAUCAUAACCAGGCCGCGUUUGUACUUUCUGAGCAGGAUGAGCGCGGUCUGAAUAUGCUGCCUUGGAAGGCAUCAGGAGGAUGAUUUGGAGAUGGUACUCUCGGGCCUUGAAAUGGUCAGAAUUACCGAGUAACUGCGUGUUAGGGAAAUCGGAAAGACCAGUUUGGGAAACAUAAGCUAAUUGGGGAUCAGAGCCUCUGAGGUGUAAACUCCAGAUAUGCACAGGGUUCGCGUGGGCUUGGAGCCAAUCAAGGCACCUACUAUCGCUGAUUGGUACGACAGGCGGAAACAGCCCAGAACACUAGCGUAAACAAUUUGCCACGACACUUUUGCAGCGGUGACCUUCGGCGACACACGGCCCGUCGCUCUCGCGGACGCCGCCUCCGCGGCACCGGACGCAUCCUCGUCCGGUUGCCACCUUCCAUUCAUUAUUCUGUACCGAACAAAUAAAUCAUUUUCCUCUUCAACUGGCGUCCCGCUUCUUCCAACAUGGGAUAUGGCCUGAAGUUGUGGCGUACUGAGCAUACACCAUCACCGUUUAGCCGCUACAGGUCGACAACUCAGCACAUUUCCCUCACUAUAAACAAUCUGACGCGCACGAAGCAAUCGCAGUGCGCUAAAAGCCGUGGCUUGGAAGGUUACCAACUGACGGGAUAACUCGGACCUCGCAGUUAGCCCACUGCGGGUUUGUGUGGAGUGGCCGAUUGGCAGACUGUGAGUCAGACCGCAAUGACUCCCUCUGAAUGUGGCCUCUAUGGAUCCGAGUCGCCCUCUCCCCUACCCUUUUUGUGUAAAAUCCUGGUCAGUGUACGUUGUGGACCUGGGGCUGUGGUGGUACGCAAAGGUGUGAGUUUUCGCCGUGCCAGCCGCCCACGUCCUCUCUCGCUUCCGGUUUUCCUGACUCUGUCCUGACAUCGGACUCCCGGAAGAGUAGAGGCCCGCCUGAGUUGUAAUUCGCAGGGGUUUUACAAUCGGUCUACUUGUAGAUACUUGGACAUCAGUAGGUACAGCCCCGGGGGCGGGUCUAUCUGACAGCAAAUUCUAAGUGCCAAAUAUCAGCGCUACCAGCUGGACGAUUUGGAGCUCAGAUCCCCAUUCGACCACACGGCCAGCAGAGUUAGGAUCCAAUGGUAGCUGAAUCUAACUGGCAAAGUAAGCUGGAAAUUGAUUAUGCUUAGCUGAAUAAUGAGGAAAGAAUAACCUCAGAGGAUCACUAUGGCGUAUUCCCUUGCGUUCCAAAAGCUGCUGUUCUCGAUGCCACUGGCCCUCCGUACAUCCAAACAGAGUGUGUGAACAAUGAUUGGCUGACUUAUCAAAGACCCGUCUGACCAGUGGAUCCACGGGCAAUGUCUGUCUGUCGCAGCCUGAAACAAGAUGAUAUUUCAUAUUUCAAAGAUUUCAGGGUGCACCCAGCUACCGAGGCAACUGUCCUCGCAAUAUGAAUUUCGGCAAAACAUCGUCCUAUUUAGUUUCAAAAAUGUGCUCCAGUGAUUAGCUUAAAAAUUCAGCCCAUUUGGAGUCGCACACCAUUACCCUCGUACUUCAAGUAAUCGAAUGAAUGGGAUGUCUAAAUAUUAAAAUCUACUAUACAAAUGUCAGUCAACUUGGAGUGCAAAAUCACAACAAUAUCUAGGCAAAAAUCGCAUAAAAAGAGCUUCGUAUAUCUCUGCGCCUGUUUUCACUGGCCUCCUCCAGGUCGGUGGUCUCGGGCAAGGUCUUACCGGUUGGUCGGAUUGAUCUGCAGACGCUUCAGAGAAGUUUUCAGAGUCUCCUUGUAUCGACGGACUUGGCCUCCUUGUCCACGGGAAUCCGCAGCGACGUCGCAGAAGACUAGUUUGGGUAGCCGCUCGUCAUCCAUCCGCACGAGGUGGCCACUCCAGCGCAGUUGCAGCUGUCUCAGAAUGGUGUAGAUGCUGGGGAUCCCCGUCCGCUCCAGUAAAUCCGUGCCCGGGAUCCGGUCCCGUCAUCCCAGCUUCAGUAUCCGUCGAAGACAGCUGAGAUGGAAGUGAAUGAGUCUCCUCGCCUGCUUCUUGUACACCGUCCAGGUCUCCGCUUCGUACGGCAGCGUCGGCAGGAUGGCCGCCUUGUACGUUUUCAGUUUAGUGUUGAGAUGGAGACAGUGACGAUUCCAGACGGUGUUUUGUGACGACCGAAUGCUUGACUAGCUUUGGAAAUCCGGUGGGUCACCUCAUUGCCGAACUUGAUGUUGAGGGAGAGGGUGCUGCCCAGGUAGGUGAAGUUCCCCACGACUUGCAGUUGAGCGCCGUUCACGUUGAUUUGGGGUGCGUUGUAGGCAGCGUCGGUGGCGUUUGAUGUAUGAUCACCGUCUUCUCAGUGUUGAUGAACAGACUGAGGUUGUCGCAGCCGGCGGCGAAGAGAUGCAUGCUCCUUUGCAUGUCCCAUUCCGAGGUGGCGUUUAGAACGAAGUCGUGGGCGAAGAGAAGUACAGGGACGAUAGUUGUGGAAACACGCAACUGGAAGUGCAUCCGCUACUGAUUUGGGAGGUAGCCACCCGUCCUGUAGGCGAUGCAGAUACGAGGGCGUUCGUCACAGUAGGUGUCCUUCGGUAUGGCAGAGAAAAUAAGACUAAAGAGAGUAAGCGCGAGGACGCUGCCCUUCCUCCCCCCGUUGGCCAAUAGGAAUGCCUCUGAGGAAGCUUCAUUUGCCAUUUAUAGGCAUGUUAUGUCGUGCGGUGAAGUAAAGGCGACAAAGCAACUGUCCUCUCACUAUGAAAUUAAGCAUAACAUCAGCCACCUUAGUUUUAAGAAUAUAUUCCAGUGAUUAGCUCAAAAAUUCAGCCCAUUUGCUGUCGCACGCCAUUCCCGACGUGCUGUGAGUAAUCGAAUGAAUGGGAUGUUUAAAUAUUAUAAUCUACUAAACAAAUGUCAGUCUGCUUGUAGUGAGAAACCACAAAAAUACCUAGGCCACAAUCGAUUAAAAAGAAUUCAAUUUCCUGUCUAGAUUUUCAGUGCGAGUAGAGUUAGUAGCAAUGCAAAUCUACGUAUGCUCCGACAGCUCGCAUUUUGGGGCAUGAUCGAAGAGCAUGCAAUUAUUCGGACGACGAAAUUUGACUAUGGCUCACAUCUGAGUGGCGCACACAAAGCUGUACUGAUUGACUAACACAUUUCUUGAAUUUUGGAUGGCAUUCAUGGCAAAUAUUCCAGAAAUGCAGGACAGAAGAAUCUACAAAACACCAACUUGUUUGAAUAUUUCCUCACUUGGGUAGGAUAGAUGCCUCAUUAAAAGAUUUUGGAGAGUUGCAAAAAUAGCCAUCACUGCGAUUGCCCCACACCAACAUGACAUGGGACCCUCGAAGAAAUUCCGACCACCAGAAUGGGAAACGCGCGUGCAACCAGAAACAGCAAUAUCCGAGUUGGCAAAUUCGUCAGAUUUACAUAUGUAUGUUCUACUAAACCACGGUGGACACAUAUGUCCAACCACUUGAAUGCGACCCAUAAUGGGAUCACAGUUAGCAACGAUACAGCUCACGAACCACUUUCGAAUAUGCUGUAAGUAAGAGCACGUAAACGUGGUAGGAGGAUCUCGUAGAAGUACUUAUGGCGAAUGUCAGCAGCUCCGUGUGCAUAACAUUUCCCCCUAUACAUUUACGCAUUUCAAUAAAUAACAUCCCUGUGACUCAUUCGAUGUACAGCGUUUUCAUUACUUCAAAACUUUUACUUCCAGGCAAGUUGACUAAGACCUGACCAGAUGCCUGGCCUUGCCGUACAUCCUCAGGCCGAGAAACACGUUGCUGACAGGAUUAUCGAUUUUGCAAGAGCGCUACCAACGGCGCAAUCGAUGAUGACUCGAUUCGAAUGCUCGGCUGCCAGCACAAAGCUAGCGGACAAUGCCUGAGAUGACUGACUUUGUGUGCCUAUUGCUCUGCAAGUUAUUCGCCCAUUACUUCGGCCCUAGCCGACUGCCGCCCGCAGAAGGCACAAGCGUGGACCAAGCGCACAGCACGGGUACGUCUUCCGGAACUUUUUAGUCCCUAUCUCAGUCCUUAAGGAAUAACACUAGCAGGACAGAGUCAGGCUAAAUAACAUACCUAUUUAGCAGAAAAUACCGAUAACUAACAACAUGAAAUGAGGCUAGAGAUAUUUGACACGCGGACUUCUAUGGACCAUGCUAUUAAAAAUCUACGCAGACCAAUUAACAAACAAGGAAUCAGAAAGGUCAACGAAAUGCAUAAAGAUCAUUUUGAGAAAACGUGUCUUAUAAUAUUCGAGCAUGUAUAUGUGGACUUCAAUCUAGUUCACUUUUCGCUUCCUAGAUGCCGACCAUCUUUCCACGCCACCUCCCAUCUGCACGAGACUCGCAUCGCCCACAAUCAAGGAACCCUCCCGUAGAAACUGCAAUGAUUCAUCGCAAUCCGAUUCAUCUUACUUUGCUGAUUUUCCCAUCUACUACUCUCCUCCCUCCUCCAAUUAUCAACCUGAUCGCUCCCAAUCCCACAUCCACGACAUUCAUCCGCCUUCUCGCGUCCGUCUUCCACACAUCCGACCCCCAUGUCUCCAUUCAUCCCACAGGCCAACCCCAAUGCAGCAGUGGACACCGGCCAAACGGACCACCGCGUUCUUCCCUCUGCGCUUCAGGCCUCAUCCAAGGAAGGUGUCAAUGCCGUUCUUCUGGAAAGGCAAACUCAGAAGAGAAGAUGACACCUCCUUGGAUGUCAGCUCCUCCAUCUUCGAUUGGUCAUGGCGGAGCGAGUCCUGGGAGGCGGAAACGGCCAAGACUCCUGUCAAGGCAGAUCAAGGCUGCUACCGUCCCCAGGAUCUCCUGGAAGAUGACGCUAGCCUGACCAGCGAAGAGGGGCCGCAGUCGGUGGCGGCCUUCCCUUACGGUGACUACCCCUCCUCCCCAACUGUCCACGUUGAGGGACAGGAAUGGGAGACAGCAUGCAUGGAGAAGAAGGUCGUAGGACAAGGUAUCGGCGGAUGCCUUUUUAAAGUUUGCAGGCAGAUCAUGAAGGUCUUAUUACUGGCAGAAAAUUCAUGCCAACGUACUAAGCCCAUUAGGACAUUCUCACACAUUCUCAGUGUUUCUGUGAUAUCGCUUUAUCCUUAACCUUACUUUCUUCCAUUUUAGACGAUCCGUUAAAGGAUAAGCCGUCACCGACUAGGGUAAUGCUUUUGCAGUUUGCGCUGUUUAGAGUUUGGUUGCCAUUUCAGGUCGUCUAGACGCCCUCUUACAAUAAGUGCUUCAAUGAAUGUAUUUGUUCUCUUUAGCCACGCAGGAGCUGGAAGUGGCGUGUGGUCCGGACGCUGCGGCGGUUGUGCUGUUGCUGCUGCUGAGGGGAAAGCCUCGUGGGAUGAUGACUCCCCUUGCCGUGACCUCCACCCCACCCCAUCCAACCUUCGUCUUUCGCAUUUUAUGUGAUUUUGUAUCUUACGUAGGGACUUGACAUACAUCCAAGUGUACAUAAUGAUUUUGAUUUGUUCACCAAUAAGACCUGUUUUGUCUCCAGUUACACAAGCCUUCUAACAGAGCGUAAUCUAUGGGUGCAGAAGAUGAGGGCAAGCGUGGGGGUAAUGGAAGCGCAUCGUCUUUGUAAACUCAGCCGCCGUAGGCAGUAUGGGAAUAAACAGGUAUGGCUUUGCAUGCGGACAGGAGUUGAAUUGGGUUAUUGGUUUAGUUCUGUUCACAGCACCGGUUGCUCCGUACCAACUGUCAGUCUUGCCAGCUGACUGCGAGAGCAUACUCCUGACUGGAAUUAUAAUAUCACAAUCCUCAAUCAAGUUCCGUCGAUUUCAGUAGUCACCUUACCGCACCAGCAUUUCAUGCUCGCGUGUCUAUCAUCCUAGUCUGAGUCUAGUUUGAACUAUGCACGCUUACUAGUGGGAAAUAUGGCAAGGUGUGUACAUUUCCACCCAAUUCUGGAAUGUGCAUUACUCCAGGACGAGGCUUCGGAGAUUGGCGAGUUUGCACCGCCUAAUAUUCACACUGCAGCGCAUUUAUGAAUGGUGCCAUGGAUGCCAGCAACUGACUGUCUCCUGCUUUGUUGACUUUGCCGAAGCAUUCGAUUCUAUUGAUUGUGAGUGCUUUUGCAUCACGAUAGCGCUAGACGGUGUGCCGGCAAAAGUAGUCGCUGCAGUUACUGUCCACGACCGUUGCAUCGUUGUGCGAGUUCUGGUCCUAAACAAUCCUACCCAGUCCUUUGCGCAUUCGGUCUGACUUGCCCUAUGUUUUCCAAGUUCUGCUCUUAAGACGUCCAAAAUUUCGGAGUUUCGAUUUAUCUUCCUAUCUUUUUUCUCUAAUUUUGUCACAUGACAUCACACUCCAAGUAGAAAGGAAUGACUGUGAAAUAUACAGGGACAUUGAGAAAGUCCGCAAUUUUGGCUGACUGGACGCUUUUUCCCCGCAGGUUAGGGAAGAUCCAUCAGUCUGGUAUGUUUUCUUGGCGAAAUAAUCUUAUCGUCAGCGGCACAAUUUGCAUUUGGCGGAAAGCGUGGUUGCAUUCGGAUGACAGUGUUAUCAUAAUUUGCGUCAAAUUAUAUGCUUCAAAUAAGAUUCACGGUCUUGGCAUCCGCCAUUCAUGUCAGCAACAUGCUCUAUAAUGAGUUAUUCUUUCUUCGUCAGCUGUUUGGAUGGUAGAUUGCACAGCAUCUCCUCAUUCUUAAUGACUUGGGCUUAAUUUUGAGAAACAUCUAAUCUGAAGCCAAUCUCUUUCCUUCCUGUCUCCAUUUUGCCAAAACUGCAGUCACAUGACCAAGACAAUUUUUAGUGAAUUACCGCCACCAGUUUGAUUCAUUUGACUGUAAUGACUCCCUAUUUACCGCUCCCAAGAAAUAUCCACAUCAAAUGACUAGGUUGAGACAAUAACCCACCUCCGGAAUACUCAUUCGAGCAGCAUACACUGGCUGUCUACACUGUUGUACCGUCCAGAUAGAGCUACUUAACAUGUCUCUGACUUCCAGGGCGUCCUCAACCGCCCACCGACCAUACCCGAAGAAGCCAUCAGUCGGCUUCCUCAAGUAGACAUUAACGACGAACUAAUCGCCGCCGACUUCAGCCAAUCAGAGUAA